GGCCGGGUUCAAUACGUCAUGUUGCUGAGGUGCCGGUUUCGUGCUGAAGCUGCGGCGAAUUAGGAGGAGGGGAAAGGAAAGGCCUUUCAAAAAUGCCUCUUACUGACGGAAGGUGAAAGUGGAAGCAUGUCACUCAAUUUGAAAUACAUUUCACUGGGAGUUCUAGUUUUUCAGACAACCAGCCUUGUGCUGACAAUGCGUUACUCACGUACUUUCAAGGAAGAAGGACCCCGUUACCUACCGUCAACUGCUGUUGUCAUUGCUGAGAUGAUGAAGAUUGCAGCAUGCCUUUUGUUAGUCUAUAAGGAUUCUAGUUACAGUUUUAAAGCACUAAACAGAGUGCUACAAGAUGAAAUUAUUAACAAACCAAUGGACACACUAAAACUUGCCAUUCCUUCUGGAAUUUACACACUUCAAAAUAACCUCCUUUAUGUAGCGUUGUCCAAUUUAGAUGCAGCAACUUAUCAGGUUACUUACCAGCUAAAGGUUCUUACCACAGCUUUCUUUUCUGUGACUAUGCUUGGUAAAAACUUAGGCGUUUAUCAGUGGCUCUCACUCUUAACGUUAAUGGCUGGAGUGGCACUUGUUCAGUGGCCAACAGACACCACAGAAGAAUUAAAACAGGAACUGUCUGCAGGCUCCCAGUUUGUAGGUUUGAUAGCAGUGUUCAGUGCUUGUCUAUCCAGUGGAUUUGCAGGAGUUUACUUUGAGAAAAUCCUAAAAGGGACAAAACAGUCAGUUUGGAUUAGAAAUAUUCAAUUAGGCUUGUUUGGAAGCAUUUUUGGAAUGAUGGGUGUAUAUGUAUAUGAUGGGCAGCGAAUAAAAGAACAUGGAUUCUUCCAGGGGUACAACAAAUUCACUUGGAUUGUUGUCAUCCUGCAGGCUCUCGGCGGUCUAGUAAUAGCAGCAGUCAUCAAAUAUGCAGAUAACAUCUUGAAAGGAUUCGCCACGUCAUUAUCUAUUAUUCUUUCAACAUUGAUCUCUUACUUUUGGUUACAAGACUUUGUGCCCACCAGUGUCUUUUUCUUCGGCACUAUCCUGGUGAUAAUUGCAACAUUUCUAUAUGGAUAUGAACCCAAGAACACCUCAGAUCCAAGCAAAGCAUGAUGCAGUAUCAGUCAGCAGAACACUCCAUUCAUGUGCAGGUGUAAAUCUUAUUGAGGAGUCUAAAUGCUGGUAUCUGGAGGCACUUAACCAAUUGGAGAAAACUGUCCAAAAUAUGUUGUUUAACUUCGAAAAUUGAUGUUAAGGAAAUUGCUGGAAUUAUAACAUUAAGUGGACAAAAGUGAGAAAUUUUAUGUAAUUUCCAUAGGAUCUUGGUGAAUGUAUUGACUAAUGGUACUCUCAACCUUUGAAUUAUCAAUGGCCAAAUACAAAGCAUCACAACAUGUAAGGCAGAUAAGUAGCCAAAAGAAUCAUGCCUGAGCUCAGUGACAGAAAUAGACCUAUGCAAUGUGCAAUCAGGGUUCAUAAAUUGACAGGAUUUACUAGUAAAUAUGGAUUUUGACAAAAUGUUUUUAAAUCAAAUUGAAGACAAGUUUACAAGAUCAAGCAUGCUCAUUUUAAAGUCUGUACAAGUGUUCUAUAUCUGCUUUUCAUGUAAAACUGCAAUAAUUUAGUCCAAAACUUGUAAAGAAAACUAAUAAAGAAGCUACAGCUUCUUUAUUAAAAAUUAGAUGAAAAAAAUCCCAUGUUUUGCUGAAAGCCAACCUUUCCUUUGCCAUCUAUCAAAAAAGCAAAGUGGCCAUUUUAUUUCUAUGCUACUGAGCACACAGUACUGUAUUAUGAGAUUUAAUGGACCAAACCAUGGAAUCUGAUCCCCAAAGUGGUUAAAAAUUCAGAAUUGCAUGUGAUAAAAACAGAUUGACUUAUUUAAUCACCAUAAGCCAGUGACCAUGGAUACAAGUAGUAUUGCAUCGUGUGGGGGGGAAAAAAUUAACUUAUUUUUGUCCAGGUGAUUUGUAAUGGAAAAGUCACUGAAGAAUGGUUAGUCUGACUGACUGUAACUCAAAUGUAGUUAUCCUAUUUCUGGCAAUGGACAGCCUCUUCUUGAAAAUUUUGAUCUUAAAAUCCUUUUCAAGAAAAAAAUUCCUAAAUCAAUACUUUAAAUUUUCUGUGGUCCCCAGCUGUGAAAUGACCGGUACUACCUGAUUAAUAUGUUGAUAGAAACCAUAAACAGACAACGGCACUGACAUAUUCAACAAAAUGCGAUCACAGUUAAUGAAUUUUUUUUGUAUUUUCCACACUGCAUUGUUUUUCUUCUGUUCAUGUUCACUUUUGUCCUUAGUUUUAUGUGUAAAAUCUGAUCAUACAAUUUGAAGAUUAUAUUUGACUAUAUGAAUGUUAAUAGAGUUUUAAUAGAGGUCUUAUAAGAAUUGUAAUAGGAAACUCAUUCAAAUUUCUUGUCUGGUGUAAUUUUGAUAGAUGUUAUAGCACAGGUACUGUCAUUUGGCCCAUCAAAUCUCUGCCAACUUUUUCCCAUUCUGUUAAUCCCUUGAAUAUUCCAGAAGCUAUCAAGUUACAUUUUCUAGCAAUUUUUUUAAUUAAUUCAUGGGAUGGUGUUGCCUCAAAUUUGUUUUGUCACAAGCAUUCCAUAUUUGAUCUACCUCUAUGUGAGGAAAAAAUAAAAAUAUUUUGACUAUUUUUAUGAUUAUUUUAAAUGUGUGCCCCCUUGACCUUACUGGCCAAUGGGGGAAAAACUCUAUCACUUAUCAUAGCCUUUUUAAAUCCUAAAGACCUCUAGCUUAACCUCCACUCUACAACAGGAAAAAGCCUCAACUUACUUUGGGGCUCUUUAUGCUAACUUUUUAUCUCUGGUAGAAUUUUAGUUCAUUUAAUGUUUCACUUUUAUUGAUUUUAUAUUCUUCCUGUAAUGUAGUUCUGUAAGGCUGUGCACAAUACUCCAACUCGGGGCUUAGGGUCUUGUAAUUUCUUGGAUGGGAGUUUACACCAGCGGGAUUUUAUGGCCCCACCAAAAUCAAUGGAGUUUAAAAUGGCUCAUUGCAUUUUACGGCCUCGUUCCCACUGUCCCUUGUGUAUAUUCACACCAUGAACUUCUUGUUUCUGUACUCCAUUUAAAAUCUUAUCAUUUAAUUUGCAUUUCCUUUCCCAUUCUUGUGUUUUUACAUUUUUAUGCAUUCAACAACUUAAACCUCAUAUCUGACCAUAUUGAUAGUCAUUUAUGUCCUCUGCAGUAUUUCUUACUGCUCGGAGCAGUAUCAUCAGUAAAUUUUCAUAUUGUUCCCUCAAUUACAGAUGAUAUACAAUGUAAAUGAGAUCGACCCCAAAACAGGUAAUGAGGAACACUGCUUACAAAGUCUUUCCAAUUUCAGAAAUUUGCCUUCUGCUCUCCAAUCAGCUCUAUCCAUAAAGCCACAUUCUUCUUAAUUUCAUGUGCCAUUAAUUUUACCAUAAGUCUCUGAUAUGGAAUCUUAUCACCUUUUUGAACAUCCAUAUAAACUGCAUUUUCUUUAUCUGUCAUCUCCCUUAUGUUUUUAGUAAUGAUUACAAAUGGAUCUAUAGAUAGUGCAGCCUCAUUUCUUUAUUCAUUCAUGGGAUGUGGGCAUUGCUGGCUAGGUCAGUAUUUAUUGCCCAUCGCUACUAGCCCUUGAGAAGGUAGUGGUGCGCUGCCUUCCUGAACAGCUGUAGUCCAUGUGGUGCAUGUACACCCACAAUGCUCUUAGGGAGGGAGUUCCAGGAUUUUGACCCAGCGACAGUUAAGGAACACUUGUGCAAUUUGCUGGUAUUUGCCAUGGAGUUGUUAAGAUAUUGACCUAAGUGGAAAAUACCAAGGACAAUCGGGAAGCUGGGGAAACUGGAAGAUUUCUUGUGACCCCUUUGCCAUGUGUUUAAUCUCUAGCUACAAAGAUGCAGAGGUCAAUUUUGUAUUUUCUUUGGUUAAUAUCAAAAGAUAUUUGACCUCUUGUUUCACAUUUCAACACAACAGGAGGCCUCAGACUGGGUUCUCAGCAUGUAGGCACAAACCCCUGUUCUAUCUCUCAGUUCAGUGAGCUGGUGUCCCCAGUACUCUUCAAAGAAUAAAACAGUUUAUUGGAAAAUAUGGCCCAGAUGUGUUAGGAAUAUUCUACUUUGUUCCAAAACUGUAACUGACACCAGGAUAGUUCAUUUGGUAAAAUUCACUCCCUACUUUGAUACUAGGCAUGUGACUAUUUUGUGAUAAGUUAGUUGAUUUCAGUAAAGACAGUAAUGAGAGCAUUAUAAUUGACCAUUUUGUUGAAGAGCAUUAACUGUGGACUGCUUAUAUAUGGACACAGGUUAAAUGCAGAAUUGGAAUUAACAGUCAAACAGCCCACAGUUGGAAAAAUGGCCAUUCUGAAUCUAAACUACUGAUUCAUGUCAUAUCCUAGUAAGAACGAUGCAUGCAGGACAGAAGAGAAAAUUAUGUCUAGAGGGGAACAUGUGAGAUUGUAAUUGGAUACCAUUUUGUUACAACAAGGAUGCAAACAAGAUUUGCCAUUGACAGUGCAGAAAUUUCCAAUUUCUUUUAGUGUGCUUCCCUUUUUUAAAAGUGGUUCGCUUUUGUCUUCUCAGUCUUACCCCAUUACUGCCCAUCCUCCUACACAACGUAUUCUAAAAUAUUUGAGCUGCUGUAUAGAAAUAUUAAUGCAUUUUCUUUUUGUUUGCAAGAUUCGCUCAAAAAUGCCAGAAUAGUUGUUAUUUAAAGAUAAUCAAAAUAAUAAUCCCAUUUGAAAGAUUUAAGGAUACAUUUUAUCUUGGUGAGAUGCUGCUUCUUUUAAAAUAGAUGAAUUCGUGCACACAAGUUCAUCCAGUAGCAUAGUUAGUCAUGUCCUCCUUUAAUGCAUUGUUAAGAAAUUAAUAUUUCAUUUUUUAUGCAAAGUAGGAGUAUUUUAAAUAAAUAGUAGACUAUGUACCCAUAUAGAAUUUCCUAUAGGAUGUUUUAUUAGUUAAUAAUGAAAUGCACCACAAGUUUGUGUUACUUAAAAAGAUGUGUGUCACUUACACCCAACAUUAUAAGUUCACUAUUUUAAGCAAGAGGCAAAAAACUAAGCGGAUAUAGUGCCCUUCCUGGACAAUGUGAGGAGAACUCUACGUAAUGUUAAAUUUAGUAAGUUGUUAAGAGGGACGAAGAAAUGGCCUUCCGGCAGUGAAAUGGUAAAGGGUGCUGAUAGAAGUACAGGAGGUGGACAAUGUUUCAGAUUCCAGGACAGAUAACUUUCAUUUUACAGCUUUGGCCUGAACAAAUUGCCAUUGAUUUGCUAAAAAAUUAUAGAGUAUUGUAUAUCAUCAUUCAAUGUGAUCACAUUUAAAAUUGCAUUAUUUUCAAAGUGACUUCUAUGGCUCCAAUGCAUAUGGAAAUUAUUGCCCCACGUGUUUUAGGUAUGCCUGGCCUGUGCCUAAGUUUUUAACAAUCUAUAUAAUGCAAAGGAUAAUGAACCCUUUGAAAUUUAUGACUAACUCCAGAACACAAAUUGUAGUGUAUAAUUUUUGGGUAUCAUUUUUUUGAACAUUCAUAAACAUUUUCAUUGAUUCAUCUGAGCAUAAACUACAGUCCUCUUGCAUGCAGAUCUGAAAGCGAAAAGGGACCAUAUGAGUUGUUUAUAUAGUAUAUAUUUAGGCCUUUUCUAGUCCCCUCCUGCUUCAGAUUUCCCUUUCUGAUGUUUUAACCAUGCAAAUGAUAACUUUUUCUAAAAAUUGGUCCACAAGAAUGUAGUUAAUUUUGGGGGGAAAUUAAUUUCUUAACUCUUAUUAUUCUAGGAACAGAGGUGUGUGAGUUUGUUUCAUACUGUAAAAUUGUUAAUGAAGGGUACAGUUUAUGAGCUGGAAGGUAUCCUGGGUUUCAAUAUUUAUUGCUCCUUGCGUUUAAGCUUACAGACUUUAAUAUGCAUUCAGGGGUUUUAAUUAAAUUGUUAUUUUUCCAAGUUGUCAUAAGUAAAUAUUUUUGCUAUGCCUAUGUUUAGAAUCAUGUUACGGUUAUAAAUUCUUACAUACUUAUAAGUUUACAGUUCUGUUCUAAAAUAAAAUCUUUUUUAACA